CGCUGCUUACAGCUGCUAUCACAAACACUGGGAAGUCACUGUCAAGCUGUCGGCCGCUGGUGUAUAGGAAACGCGAAGAGGAGCUUUAAAAUCAGCUUUAUUACACAGAGGAUCACGUCAUGGUCAGGUAGCUGCUGAGAGCAAUGGGGUUUUUCAGACAACUGUUCCUCCUGCUCUGGAAGAACAUCACGUACCGCAGAAGGAACAAGAUCCAGCUGAUUAUCGAGCUCCUCUGGCCGCUCUUCCUCUUCGUCAUCCUUAUCUCUGUCCGUCAUUCGCACCCUCCUUACAAACAGAGCCAAUGUCACUUUCCAAACAAAGCGCUGCCAUCAGCAGGGACCUUGCCCUGGAUUCAGGGCAUUAUCUGCAACAUCAACAACCCUUGCUUCCACAGCCAGACACCAGGGGAGACACCCGGCCAAGUCGGCAACUUUAACAACUCCAUACUGUCUCGGCUUCUAGUGGACGUCCAGGCCGUUCUGGCCUACAGUGGUAAUCAGAGCUUCGCCGGCUUUCAGAAGCUAAUGGAGAGCGUCCGGAAGCUGGGACAAAGAAAUGGAGCUCUGCCAAAUCUCCCAGUAAAACAAUACCUGAGACCCAAUGAGACAUUUUCCACCUUCCUCCUGACCAAUGCCAGCAUGUCACCUGUGACUGUGGACACACUGCUAAAUGCUAGACUUAAUUUUCAGACUACACUGGCUGUAGCGGAGAUGCAGCUAAAGGACAUGGUGUGUAAUAGGAGCGUCCUAGAACAGCUGCUGACGGUGGACGGAGGAGAAGCCGCCAUGACUGAUCUUCAGACCCAGAUGUGUGACUUACCAGCUGAUGUGCUGCAGGAGACCGAGCGCCUUUUCCUGUCUCAGCUCGACUUGACCAAGUUCUUCACGAGAGACCGUCUAAUGGCCAACGCUGGAGAACUCAGGGUCAUCAGUCAGGCUGUCACCUCAGUUUCCCAGGAGCUCACUGCCCUCCUGGAUGAUAUCUCCUCCCUCUCCAGUUUUGCAGACAUGAGCGCGGCUCUUCGUGUCCUGUCUCCAGAAAAUCGCACAGCGAUGCCCAGAGAAAGUUUCAGAGCUUUUUCGAAGAUCGUGUGCGGUCACCAUGAACUUGACGGUGAACGCAUCCCGUCCCUUAACUGGUAUGAAGACAAUGACAUCAAGUCCUUUUUGGGCAAAAAUGGCACAGAGGACGUGAAUGUGGAACACAACAACAAUACAACUCCCUUCUGUAAAAAUCUGAUCCAGGCGCUGGAGUCCAACCCUCUGUCUCGCAUUGUGUGGCGAGGAAUCAAACCUUUGUUCAUAGGAAAACUCCUCUACACACCCAACACUCCCGCAGUCCAGCAAGUUAUGAAAGAGGUGAACAAAACAUUUGAAGACCUGCAGAUUAUCCAGGAGCUAAAUGAAGCCUGGCUUGAGGUGGGACCACAAAUCAAGAGCUACAUGGAGACCAGUGUGGAGGUUAAGAUGCUACAGGAUUUGUUAAGGCAGCCAGAGAUUGCAGUACUGGUUAACCUGCGUUUGGAAGACACGCCCUGGACAGCUUCACGCAUCGCACGCUUCCUGUCGACACCCUCUCCAGAUAUCCCACGGAGGCCUGGAGCACCGCUGACCUGGCUGGACAUCUACAAUGACAUAAACCAAACUAUCUCCACUCUUGCACAAGUCACAGAGUGCUUCUCUCUGAACAAACUGGAGGGGCUGGAAACUGAGGGUCAGCUGAUUGAAAGAGCGCUGGAGCUACUAGAGGACAGGCAGUUCUGGGCAGGUGUGGUUUUCCUGCUGCCCAACACUUCCUCGUCUGAGCUGCCCCCACAUGUCACCUACAAGAUCCGAAUGGACAUUGAUGAUGUAACCCGCACCAACAAGCUCAAAGACCGGUUUUGGGAUCCGGGUCCAGCUGCUGACCCCUUCAGUGACAUGCGUUAUAUUUGGGGUGGUUUCGUGUAUGUUCAAGACCUGGUGGAGAGAGCGGUGAGCCGAGUGCUCACCGGAGUUCGACAGACUACCGGCAUCUACGUCCAGCAGAUGCCAUACCCCUGCUAUGUGGACGAUGUUUUUCUUCGAGUGCUGAACCGCUCUCUGCCGCUCUUCAUGACACUGGCGUGGAUCUACUCUGUGGCCAUGAUCAUCAAAGGUGUGGUGUACGAGAAGGAGGCGAGGCUGAAGGAAACCAUGAGGAUCAUGGGUCUAGGAACUGGGACACUUUGGUUCAGCUGGUUCAUCAGCAGCAUAGUGCCAUUCCUGGUUUCUGCAGCACUGCUCAUCGCUCUGCUCAAGUGGGGCGACAUCUUGCCGUACAGCAACCCAGCCGUUAUUUUUUUCUUCCUCACAGCUUUUGCCACUGCCACCAUCAUGCAGUGUUUCCUCAUCAGCACCUUCUUUUCAAAGGCCAACCUGUCAGCUGCCUGCGGGGGACUCAUCUACUUCGGACUCUACCUGCCUUAUGUCCUGUGUGUCGCCUGGAGAGACCACCUCAACAGCACACACCGAAUCUUAGCUAGUUUCCUUUCUCCUGUAGCCUUUGGCUUUGGCUGCGAGUAUUUCUCUCAGUAUGAAGAGCAAGGCGUGGGCAUUCAGUGGUACAACCUGCACUCCAGCCCUGUGGAAGGAGACCGAUACAGCUUCACUGUCUCCAUAGUUAUGCUGUAUGUGGAUGCCUUCAUCUAUGCCAUCGCUGCCUGGUACAUCGAAGCAGUGUUUCCUGGUGAGUAUGGGAUCCCCAGGCCAUGGUACUUCAUCUUUCAGCUCAACUACUGGGGAGGUGUUCCCCUUGAAGCAGGCAUGCCGAUCCCCCCUGCACCUACAGAACAAAAUGAAGAUCACAUUGAACCAGAACCCAGUAACAUGAUUCUGGGCGUAAGCAUCAGAAAUCUGGUGAAAAUCUACAAGAAGGGGGGGAAACUGGCCGUAAACCACCUGAACCUGAAGUUCUAUGAGGGGCAGAUCACUUCUUUCCUGGGCCACAAUGGAGCCGGCAAAACCACCACCAUAUCUGUCCUGACCGGUCUGUUCCCACCCACCUCUGGGACCGUGUACAUCAAAGGGAUGGACAUCCGCCAUGACAUGGACCUCAUCAGGAGGACGCUGGGAGUUUGUCCCCAGCACAACGUCCUGUUUGACAUGCUGACGGUAGAGGAGCAUGUGUGGUUUUAUGGCUGUAUGAAGGGUUUGUCCGAAGCAGAGGUGAAGGCGGAGCUGGACACUUUGCUGGAGGAUGUCGGCCUCCUGCACAAGCGACACGAACAGACCAAAAACCUCUCAGGCGGCAUGCAGAGGAAGCUGUCCGUGGCGAUAGCGUUUGUCGGAGGCUCAAAGGUGGUCGUCCUGGAUGAACCUACAGCUGGGGUUGACCCGUACUCCCGCAGAGGGAUCUGGGACCUGCUGCUCAAAUACCGCAAAGACCGGACCAUCAUCCUGUCCACCCACUACAUGGACGAGGCAGAGUUGUUAGGUGACCGGAUCGCCAUCAUCUCUCAGGGGAAGCUGUGCUGCUGUGGCUCACCGCUCUUCCUUAAAUCCCAGCUGGGGUCUGGCUACUACCUCACUGUGGUGAAGAGGGAAGGACUGGACACCAGCACUCCCAGUAAUUUCAGUAUUUCCACCAGUGCCAGCUCCAACAAGCUCCCUCCUCUCAUCAAGGACAGCGACUCGUCACUGAGUGAAGACACCGGGCUGGGAAGUGAGGAUAGCAGCUCAUAUUUGGCAGCUUUGCUGUCACUGGUUCAACACCACAUCCCUGGUGCCAGACUGGUGCAGGAGUCUAGACGUGAGGCGGUGAUCAACCUGCCACAGACGGCCGCCAAAGACAGCGGCCUGGCCAUCCUACUGAUCGCACUGGACCAGAGACUGACUGAACUGGGAAUCAGCAGCUACGGGCUGUCAGACAGCACGCUGGAGGAGAUCUUUCUGCGGGUGGCAGAGGAGACAGGUGUGGACACUGAAGCAGAGGUGCAGCCUGAAUUACCCCACAGCCAGCAGCCGUCAGGACAGGGAACUGAUGGCCAUCCUCUAGACGAAGCAGAAACAGAACCUCAGGAGACAGACCUGCUGAAUGGCGAUGGCCACGGUGGGGUGCCUGCAACCGGCUGGUGGCUGACAUGGCAGCAGCUGAGAGCGCUCUUCAUCAAACGCUGGCUUUACGCUCGGAGGAGCCGUCGGGGAAUCUUUGCCCAGAUCGUUCUCCCUGCUGUAUUUGUGCUGAUCGCCCUGCUCUUCAGCCUUAUUGUUCCUCCUUUUGGGAAGUACCCUGCCCUGCAGUUGCAUCCCUGGAUGUACGGCGAGCAGUACACCUUCUUCAGCAACGAUGAUCCUGGAAACCCAGCAAUGGAGAAUCUGCUUGAAGCUCUCCUUGACCAGCCUGGAUUUGGUACCAAGUGCAUGGAAAAGGAGGACAACAUGACGGAUCCUCAGUGUGAAGCUGGGCGGGGGUGUUUAUUCAUGAGGCCACAGUUAUCUUACUCUACCUGGGACAUGUUCAGCAGAGGCAACUGGAGCAGAGACAGACCCUCACCUGAAUGUCAGUGCAGCACAGAAGACGUCUACCGAAUGCUCCCCGAGUGUCCUGAGGGUGCUGGAGGGCUUCCGCCUCCACAGAUUAAAAGGCCGACUGGAGACAUCCUGCAAAAUCUGACAAGUUAUAACAUCUCAGAUUACCUGGUGAAGACCUACUCUCAAAUCCUUAAGAAAAGCCUAAAAACCAAGAAGUGGGUGAAUGAAUUCAGAUAUGGAGGCUUCUCCCUCGGAGGUAGAGCUGUAUCUCAAACCCAAUAUCUCCAAGACUCGGUCAUGGCCAUCAGGACUCGUUUCCGAGUCCCACAGAACAGUUCACUGGGAAACCUGCUGCACAGACUCCCAGAGGUCUUAGGAGGGCUGAACAGUGAAAACAAUGUGAAGGUGUGGUACAACAACAAAGGCUGGCACGCCAUGGUGUCAUUUGUCAAUGUGAUGAACAACGGCCUGCUGAGAGUGAGUCUGCCACCAGGUCCUGAGAGGAGGAAGCACGGCAUCACUGCCUACAAUCACCCACUCAACCUCACCAAGGAGCAGCUCACCGAAGUAGCCAUGAUGACUACAUCGGUGGAUGUCCUGGUUUCCAUCUGUGUGAUCUUUGCCAUGUCCUUCGUGCCAGCCAGUUUCGUCCUUUUUCUGAUCGAGGAGCGAGUCAGCAAAGCCAAACACCUGCAGUUUGUCAGCGGGGUCAAACCGAUUCUCUACUGGCUGGCCAAUUUUACUUGGGACAUGUUAAACUACACCAUUCCUGCUAUCAUGGUGGUGCUGAUUUUCAUCAGUUUCCAGCAGCAGUCAUACGUUUCUGAGACCAACCUGCCCGCUCUUAUCCUGCUCCUCCUGUUCUACGGGUGGUCCAUAACCCCUCUUAUGUACCCAGCAUCCUUUGUGUUCACUGUCCCAAGCACAGCUUAUGUAUUUUUGACCUCCAUCAACCUCUUCAUUGGAAUCAACGGCAGCAUCGCCACCUUCGUCCUGGAGCUGUUUGUAGAUGAGUAUCUGAACGAGGUGAACAGAAUCCUGAAGAAGGUGUUUUUAAUCUUCCCUCAUUUCUGUUUGGGACGAGGACUUAUCGACAUGGCCAAAAACCAGGCCAUGGUGGAUGCCUUCAAAAGACUGGGUACCAAACCAAGCCUGGACCCCCUUCAGUGGGACUUUGUAGGAAAGAACCUUUUUGCAAUGGCAGUAGAAGGUGUUGUCUUCUUCAUCUUUACCAUACUCCUUCAGUACAAAUUCUUCAUCCGCUACAGGCCUUGGUGGACUAAGCCUGAGUUGCCUCCUCUUGGUCCAGAGGAUGAGGAUGUUGCGAGAGAGAGAGAGAGGGUCAAAAGUGGGAAAGCACACUCAGACAUCCUCACCAUGAUCGACCUGAGCAAGGUUUAUAAAGCCGGCAGAAAACCAGCCGUAGACCGUCUUUGCCUCGGGAUUCCUCGCAGCGAGUGUUUUGGGCUGCUUGGGGUCAACGGAGCUGGGAAGACUUCAACAUUUCGGAUGCUGACUGGAGAUACACCUGUCACUCAUGGAGAGGCUUUCCUCAGCCAGCACAGUGUGCUGACAGAAAUGGAGCGGGUCCACCAGCUGAUGGGUUACUGCCCACAGUUCGAUGCCAUCAGUGACCUGCUCACAGGUCGGGAACAUCUGGAGCUGUACGCCCGUCUGCGGGGGGUGCCAGAGGAGUUCGUCUCUAAGGUGGCGCAGUGGGGUGUGAAGAAGCUGGGGCUUACUCAGUAUGCAGAUCAGGAGGCUGGAGGCUACAGCGGGGGCAACAAGAGGAAACUCUCCACAGCCAUCUCCCUCAUCGGGUCUCCACCUGUCAUAUUCCUGGAUGAGCCCACCACUGGCAUGGACCCAAAAGCCAAAAGAUUUUUGUGGAACUGCAUCCUCAGUGUCACCAAAGAGGGAAGAGCUGUAGUGCUAACCUCACACAGCAUGGAGGAGUGCGAGGCACUUUGCACCAGGAUGGCCAUCAUGGUCAACGGCAGGUUUCGGUGUCUUGGGUCUGUGCAGCACCUGAAGAACAGGUUCGGUAAUGGAUACACCAUCAUCCUUCGUUUGGCAGACACCAAAUCGGACCCUGACUCAUGUCCCGUCAGCGCCUACAUGAAGGAGUGUUUUCCCAAUAUUGAGCUGAAGGAGCGGCACCAGAAUGUGCUGCAGUACCAGCUACCGUCGCACGCCUGCUGCCUCGCUCGCGUCUUCGACGUGCUGGCAAACAACUACGAGGAGCUGGACAUCGUUGAUUUCUCCAUUUCACAGACCACGCUGGACCAGGUAUUUGUCAACUUUGCCAAGGAUCAGACUGAUGACGACUGCCUCACAGAUGUGGUCGUCAGCAACGGGACAGUACAGCCAAACGCACCCGAGCACAGAGUUAAUCCUCCUGUCAAUAAACCACAACCACCAAUCGUUCCUCCUCAACCAAGCAAAAGUCCACACCUGCCUGGGAAAUCAUCUGACAGCAAGUCAAAGGCGGGUAAGCCGAAAAAAGAAAAAUCUAGCAAAGGCAAAUCUGGCUCUGCAGCAAUGCGCGCAAUACCACAGCCAGAGGAAAUGGCCCGGGAGGUGGCUAAUGUGAGCCGCAGGGCCAGCACUGAAUCAGACGGCAGUAACAGCGGUGUUCAGGGAGAAUCAGGCAAAUCUCGUGGGUCGAAACGCAAAGCAGAGAGUUCCAGCAAAGAUCCCUCUGUUCUCUUUAUAGUCGGCGGCAACUCAGAGGAGAGCACGCUAUGAAGCGGACUGGCACUAAACGAGCGGACCAAAGACAAACAAAAGCUUCAUCUUCCCCUCUGUAUCAUCAUUUGAAUGCUGCAAAGUCUUCACAGGGACAUGAACAAACAAGCAUUUUAAAGUCCAUCAGUAAGAAAACGGCAGUGGACUGAAAUGUUACUGUCUGAGAAAAACAGAGUAGAAGCUUUAAAAGAAACAACCGAAGGUCCUUUGUGGUAAUGACUUCGGUGCCUUGCUCAGCUCUUUCAUCUAUAACUCUUUACCCUCCACAGCGAGUAAAAUAAGUAUAGAAAGCAUCAGUUUUAUAAGCAAAUAAAUUUCUAAAGGUGCGGCUCAAAUCCUCACCAGAUGACAGUAAAACUAUACCAUACCAUAUCAAACAAUAGAUGUCCACAAAUUAUGUUUUGUGUGAUAAUGAGAAAUUACACAGAGGAAAAAGUGCUGAACACGGUUACUGAAAUGGAUUUAAUACUUUGUUAAAAAAGGAUGCAUAUAGGCCAUCAUGGAUGAGUGCAUCCACAUUGUACCUGCUGAUU